CCCCAGUAUGGUGAAAUAAUAAUUCAGUUUUCUUUAUUGAAUUGUCAAAUGAAGAGUUUUUUAUUUUCUAUUUGUUUUACUAUUUAAUUUUUUAUUCUCCAAAAAGGAAUUGAAGACUUCACAACAAACAAAUGCAUAGAAGCGUAAAAUUCUGUACUGGAAGUAAUUACGUUGGUAUUUAUAAUAACGCCUUGAACUGCAUGGAAGGCUACGGGCUCUACGUAUAUCCCGAUGGCAGCGAAUAUCAGGGGUUCUUUCGGCGUGGUCGCUUUCACGGCUUCGGACGUCUCACUUUGGCAGCACCAUAUUCCUUUACGUUCGUUGGGGAGUUCGAUAAUGGCGAAUUGUCUAUUAUCAACCAAAUGAUCUAUCCGGAUGGUUUGAUAUUUAAGGCCGAUUUUAGUGGUGGUAAAUUAAAUACGGCUGAUUGGAAUUAUCUCAGCAAAGCCGAUCGCCGCUACACGCGAGAACUUUGUAUCGAUUUACCGGCGGUAGUGCCUAAUGAACCGAUUUCGCGUUAUGGUGCACGCUCACUGCAACCGAACAGCUACGACACUGAGGAGGGUAUAUUUGUCGAAAAGAGUCGUUUCAUCACGAAAAUACCACCACCAUUUUAUCACCUACGCUUUGUUAAUUGUGAUAAGGAGAUCGAUUGGAUACGACAGUAUUGCCGCCAUGCUGAUAGUGAUGUACCCACCGAGCCAGAUGAAGUUAGUGGGCGCCAGAUACUCGAUGCUAAUGUGGGAGCGACCACGGAAUUGGGUGAAAAUCUAUACACAUGCACAUGUAAUACGGAAAAAGGAUUGCAGCCGGCACAUUUAGGAAAGUUUUGCCGCCGUGCUUUUCAUAACCCCGACAAUUCAUCUUCUAGUUCACAAUACUCGAGGGAUUACAAAGAUGCGCCCAGUUCAAUGAGUACAAGCACAUUUCUCGAUUACCCGAUAAAAAUAGAUUUGCAAUCGCGUUGUGAUAACGUAGUGGCGCAACUGCGCCUAAAGCCCAAUGAUCUCGGUCCAGAUUUUUUCACAUAGAAUAAAAUACAAAAUAUUCAUCUAAAUGAAACCACUUGAAGCUGUAAAAUUUCUGCAAUGCUACUCCUCAACCGACAGAGACACACACAAAUUCUUAUUUGUACGAAUGACUUUGAUAAGGAAAUAUACGCAUAUUGCAUUUAUAAGUUCUUCUGUUAAUUAUUAAUUAUCUCAUAAAAUAAAUUUUCAAUCAAUAUACAAUAAUGCA